GGAUUUCGAGGCUAAGGCGCAAAAUUACUUCGGUGUUCUCAUUCCGGUAGUAAUAACUAGUGGAGCGAAUGAGGCGGAGAUUAGUAUUCCGUUGGUAUUGAAAUUGGCUCCAAUAGAUGAGCGGUUUCGUGUAAGUGGGGCAUUAGCUGUAAUGUUCGCACGUGAAACUUUUAUGUACUCUGUUGUGCUAUCACAGUAUCACAAGUUGUAUCAAAAAUAUACGCUAACCGAGUACAUUGCCCCUAAAUGCUACUACGUGUGCAGAGACCCCGGAAGAGAAGUAUUGGUGAUGCGAGACAUGAGAUUCGAGGGUUACCAACCGUUCCUUAACAGCAUGUUUGUCGAUUACGACCACAUGGUAGUUGCAUUGGAGUCCUUAGCCCAAUUUCAUGCGUAUUCAUUCAUUAUGAAGGAACUUGAAAAGAGCACUUACGAUGAAGCAAUAAAAGUUUGUCAGCCCGUAAGUCGAGAAACGCAUGGGAGAUUUUUGCAGGUUUUGCAAGAUAGGUUAGAUAAGGCCCUGCUGAAAUUUGAGGCUACAAAGUACGUACCUGUAUUGGAGAACUUGAAGAAAAACUGUGCAAUUUUCAUCGAGGAUUUUUCAAAAACUGACCGCACCUGUAUAUGCCAUGGAGAUUUGUGGAAGGAGAAUAUUUUAUUCAAAUAUAAGGAUAAUGUUCCAACAUCGGCGUGCCUCAUCGACUAUCAGAACGCUUGCGUCGCCUGUCCUGCUUUCGACGUGCUGUACCUCAUCGCCAGUAGCACAGAUACUGCGUUAAGAAAGACACAUUUUCGGCACAUGUUGGAUAUAUACUACGAUAAGUUUAGUAGUUCUUUAAUUGAGGCAAAAUUAGAUCCUAACAAAUUAUACCCACAAACAUCGCUCUAUUCGGAUUUGCAAGUUGUAGGUCCAGCGUGUUUUAUUAUUGCUAAUACAGCUUUGUGGCUGGCGAGUGGCCUUCAGGAAGACGGUCAUGUUAGAAGUAUGCGUGUUUGGAACACAGCAGAGGAGAAGGCCAUGGCACUUAAGAGUUACAAGUGCUUGAUUAAAACCCUUAUUGAUGACUUUUAUUCCUACGGUUAUUUAUGUAUGUGUGGCAAGUCGGGAUGUAUGCAUAAGCCAACGUCAUAAGAGUAAGAAUAGUUAGCACAAAGUUCCUGUUCAGUCUUCAAUUUAAUCAAAAACCUUUACACAAUACAGCCACGCUCAAUUGUACCUAAUUGCGAACUUAAAGGUGCCUAUACAUUAGCUCGACUUUUUGACGUUCGACAACGUAUUUUUUGUCGAAUUUACAUUACCACGUGUAACGUACAAAUUAGGUACGAUGUUGUAGCCAUUAAAAUUCCCGCGUUUGUGCGAGAAUUCCCCGGAAGGCUCCUGUUUUUUGGCUUGUAUCUGGUUUGUAUGUUACACAAUUGUCAUAAAGUUAAUUAUGCUGUGGUUGUAAAAAUACGCUUCCAUUCCAUUCCGCGGCAAUGUAGAUUGAGCCUUAAACGUAAAUGUCUACAAAUUUUACUUUACACUAACAGGUGACAGUAACUAUCGUCAAAAAUCGAGCAAAUCCGUAGUUCCCCAUAUAAAGGUCGAAAGCAUCCGCGUAAGUCCACCGGAAUUUGUGUGAAAUAGGUUGGUUAAGUGUUUUACUCUCACAUUAUUUACAAUAUUAUCCAAACUUCUUUGUUGUUUUUGAAAAGUUACACCUCUAAAAGAUUACACAAGACUAAGUUUAAAUAAACCAAGGCUUUAAUCUACGAGUCUUAUUAAAAUAUUUAACAUUGAAGAAGUACAUCACGGACAUAGUCACGACUCCAAUAUACACGCUUGAAGCGCAUUUGCGAUUUCAAGUCGAGUCACGAACUGUGAACGUCUCAGAGUCGUAUUCUAGAACUCUACUCAAUGCUCAAGUCAGGAUUGCACUGGAAACACAAGCACUGGAAAUACAACCCUAA